GCCAAAAGAAGGUCGACCCUGCGUGAGGCCACGCCCCCAGAGGCCCCGAGGUUGGUUGCGCGGGCGCCGGGGAAGGAGACGCUGCCCUUCUGCAGCGAUGGGAUCCCGGCUCUGUGGAGGGACCCUCUGGUAUGUGCAUCCCUGUCUUUUCGGGACGUGGUCGGUGCCUGGGACCCAGCCAGCAACCAGUUGAAGACUUCUCCUUGGAAGCUCUUGGCCCCCAGGGCUCUUGCCCGGGGUGCUGGUCCUGCCAUGGCAUUCCGGAGGACGGAGGGCAUGUCCGUGAUCCAGGCCCUGGCCAUGACCGUGGCUGAGAUCCCUGUGUUCCUGUACACGACUUUUGGGCAGUCAGCAUUCUCCCAGCUGCGGUUGACGCCAGGCCUGCGGAAGGUCCUCUUUGCCACCGCCCUGGGGACCGUGGCCUUGGCCCUGGCUGCCCACCAGCUGAAGAGGCGACGGCGGAAGAAGAAGCAGGUCGGCCCCGAGAUGGGAGGCGAGCAUCUGGGCACGGUGCCCCUCCCUGUCCUCAUGGCCAGGAAGGUCCCGUCGGUGAAGAAAGGCUACUCCAGCCGGAGGGUACAGAGUCCCAGUAGCAAGAGCAACGACACCCUGAGUGGCAUCUCCUCCAUUGAGCCCAGCAAGCACUCAGGCUCCUCCCACAGCCUGGCCUCGACGGUGGCUGUGAACUCAUCUAGCCCCACGGCUGGGUGCUCCGGACCAUGGGACGCCAGAGGGAUGGAGGAGUCUGUGCCCACCGGCGAUGGCAAUGCUGAGAGCCUCUACAUGCAAGGCAUGGAGCUGUUCGAGGAGGCUCUGCAGAAAUGGGAGCAGGCGCUGAGCGUGGGGCAGCGGGGGGAUAGCGACAGCACCCCGACCCGGGGGGAUGGCCUCCGGAACCCCGAGACUGCUUCGGAGGCCCUGUCUGAGCCAGAGUCACAGCGAAGGGAGUUUGCGGAGAAGCUGGAGACCCUGCUGCGCCGAGCUUACCACCUGCAGGAGGAGUUUGGGUCCACCUUCCCGUCCGACAGCAUGCUGCUGGACCUUGAGCGGACCCUGAUGCUGCCCCUGACCGAGGGCUCGCUGCGCCUGCGGCCUGACGACGAGGACAGCCUGACUUCCGAGGAUUCCUUCUUCUCGGCCACCGAGCUCUUCGAGUCCCUUCAGGUCGGCGAUUACCCGCUCCCACUCUCCAGGCCCGCCGCUGCCUACGAGGAGGCCCUGCAGCUGGUGAAGGAGGGGAAAGUGCCCUGCCGGACCCUCAGGACAGAACUGCUGGGCUGCUACAGCGACCAGGACUUUCUGGCUAAGCUGCACUGCGUGCGGCAGGCCUUCGAGGGCCUUCUGGAAGACAAGACCCACCAGCUUUUCUUCGGGGAGGUCGGCCGGCAGAUGGUCACGGGCCUGAUGACCAAGGCUGAAAAGAGCCCCAAAGGCUUCCUGGAGAGCUACGAGGAGAUGCUGAGCUAUGCCCUGCGGCCGGAGACCUGGGCCACCACGCGGCUGGAGCUGGAGGGCCGAGGGGUGGUUUGCAUGAGCUUCUUUGACAUCGUGCUGGACUUCAUCCUCAUGGACGCCUUUGAAGACCUGGAGAACCCCCCAUCCUCGGUGCGCGUGCUGAGGAACCGCUGGCUGUCAGACAGCUUCAAGGAGACGGCGCUGGCCACUGCUUGCUGGUCGGUCCUGAAAGCCAAGAGGAGGCUGCUGAUGGUGCCUGAUGGCUUCAUCUCCCAUUUCUACUCCGUAUCGGAGCACGUUAGCCCUGUCCUAGCCUUUGGCUUCCUCGGACCCAAGCCUCAGCUCUCUGAAGUCUGUGCUUUCUUUAAGCACCAGAUCGUGCAGUACCUGAGGGACAUGUUCGACCUGGACAACGUGCGCUACACAUCGGUGCCAGCGCUGGCGGACGACAUCCUGCAGCUGUCCCGGCGCCGCAGCGAGAUCCUGCUCGGCUACCUGGGGGUGCCAGUGGCCGGCAGCCUCAGCCUGAACGGCGUACUGCCCCAAGAGAACGGGCCCCUGGAGGAGCUGCAGUGAUGGUGGUGCUGCGCUGGGCCUGGUUCACAUGGGUCACGGCAGAGAGAAGGCCCUUUGCGUUGGCACUGGAGGUCUGGCCAUGAGCUGUGGCGGAGCCCAGGCCGUGGUGGCCAAGGGCGCCGGCCCCUGACCUUGCCCCCACACCCACCCCCACCAUCUGGGGGAUCCCCGCCUGGAGGGCCAACCUCCUGCAGAAGGAUGAGCCCCAGAGGGUCCGCCUGCCUCCCCCGGCUGUUCCUGGGGGAAAGCGAGGCUGGCCCCGUGGCCAGUGGAGCCUGAGGGAGACGAAGGUGUUGUGAGGAGAACCGGGGUGGGGGGGGGGGACAGGCAGAGAUGGAAUGUCCUCGGUGUGGUCCCCAAGCCUCCCGCCACCCCAGGGCUGCUGCUGAGCGGGGCUGGGAGGUGGCAGGAAAGAUGGGGUGGCCGGGCCCCGUGGUAGGGCAGGCUGCGCCGGACAGCCUCAGAAUCUGGGCGUCCGGCUGACCCGUCCUGACAGCCCGCUGCCACCCUAGAGAGUUUGCAGCUCCAGAGCUGGACCGUGGGAGCCACAGAGUGUGGCUCGGGAGCAGCUUGCUGGGGCAGCAGGCCUGGACCGUGCAGAGGCGAGCCUGCUGUCCGUGCGCUCUCGUCUGGGCGGACUGGGCCCUUGACGAAGCCAAGCACUAAACCAGGACGCUGUCCCCUGACAUUCCCCAGCCCCGCCAAAGACGGUCAUUUCUCUUCCCACCUCUGCCACCACCAAAGACGGAGGAGGUGGGGCUGGCCCUCCUGUCCCCGCCGCCGCCCCACCGCGAGCCCAGAGCUCCCUGGCUGGUGCGGGGCCCUGAGCUGGAGGCUCUGACCAGGGGGUCAGCUCAGGCCCCAGGGGCCACGUCAGAGGGAGUCAGAGGUUGCAGGCAGCUGGACCAGCAUUAGGACAUGAAACCCACCUGGCACUUUGCUUUUGACUAGACGCACAAACGCUCUCAGGCCACGCAGGGACGGGGAGCCCGCCUCACGGCUGGUCCUGGCGAGGAAGGCUGGUCGGCAUUUGUCCCCGCCCCCGUCGCGGGGUCUCUGUCAGUCCUGCAGACUCACUUCUCUUACAGUGGUUUCUCCUGAGGUGGGAUGUUUUAUUUAUUGCCUUAACAUUUUCUUUUGAGGUCUGCCCCCUUUCCAGGCCGAAGGUCCUGGGCUGGGGCACAGGGAGGGGAUGGCAGAGGGCCCAUCAUCCCGGAGCCCUGCGCCCUCUGCCACGAGGUCCCUCCCGCCUCCCGACAGUAGGACCGCCACGGAUUAACCCUGAUUCUGGCUCCAAACGCACCUCCCAGAGGAGGUCGCUGCGCUGCCUGAGAGGGAGCAGCCUCCUGGGUGGGAAGGACCGGGCCCUCCUCCACCCUGACCUGCUGAUCGUGUGCGCUUCCCCGCUGAGAAUAACCGCGGGCCUGGGCCCCAGGCUGCUCUGAUCUGCUCCCGAGUCCCACAGAAGCUGCGUUUUCGUUUCGUCUUUGUUCACGCGUCCAUGCACUGUCUCUGGCACUUGAUUUGUCACGGCUUCUGACUUUUGUACCGAGAGCGGGUGCGCCGCAGCUCUGCGUCCAAUAAAUGACUCAGGAUGGUUUCCUUCCGCA